AUGGUAAAGACGUGCUGGUACUAUACAAAAGAGGAGAUUGAAAAAAACUCUCCUUCGAGACUCGACGGUAUCGACUUAAAGCAAGAGACUUUCCAACGUUGGUCUUACUCAACAUUCCUCCAAGAGCUUGGCCAGAGACUAAACAAUCCUCAGAUAUCUAUAGCGACAUCGAUCAUCUUAUGUCAACAGUUCUUCACUCGCCAAUCACUAGCGAAGAACGACCCGAAAACAAUCAGCAUCAUAUGUAUGUUUAUCGCCGGAAAAGUCGAAGGGUCUCCGAGACAGGUGGGUGAUGUAAUCGCCGUGGCCUACAGAGUCUUAAACGACAAGGAACCGUCGAGAGAAGUGUACGAGAGAUUGAAGGAGACUGUGUUAACCGGCGAGAAGCUUGUGCUCUCUACGUUAGGGUUUGAUCUCGAAAUCGAACACCCUUAUCAACCGGUUAUGGAUUGGAUUAAGAGAUCGGUUAAGGUCGAGAGGGAUGCUGAUAUACUUUCUCAGGCUGCGUUGAAUUUUCUUAACGACGGUUUAAGGAUAUCUCUUUGCUUGCAAUUUAGGCCGAGCCAGAUCGCAGCGGCUGCUAUAUAUCUCGGCUCGUCCUUUGCUAAGGUGAAGCUACCGUGUGAUGGGGACAAAGUUUGGUGGCGAGAGUUCGAUGUCACAAAACGCCAAUUGUGGGAAAUUUGUAACCAGACGCUUGAUCUUUAUGGACAGAACUUUCUCAUUCCGGCUAAAGACGGUGUAGAUUCUAAGAUUAAUGAUGGUGGGUUGUUGAGAGCAGAGCAAAAACAGAGCAAGGACGCUGAAACUAUAUCUUGUCAAGAUCAUAAGAGAAUUGUCAUAAAAGUUGCUGGUAAGUCUAGAAAUGUCAUAAAAGUGUCUCUGAGAAAUAAGCUAUCGGCAACAAAUAGCUAA